UCUAAAAACAACUAUUGAAUAUUUGAGGAAAUUACCGUGGCAGGUCAGCAUAGCCGGCACAAUCGUUAUUCCUCUAAAAGUACGGAACACAUUCAACCCAUCCAUAAACUUUAAAAAAAAAAAUUGCAUGCUCAGAAGCCAUAUGUCUUUUACAGGUCAGGGGUAUUUAAUGUGUAGGACUUGUGUGAAAAAUACCUGCCAAAAAUACCCACAACCGAGUCAAAAUUAACAACGAAAGUCAAUACAGAAAACGUGUAAGUUAACAACAGUUAUGUAGUUCGGAACAUUUUUCCCAAUGUUGAUGAGCCUCUGAUACAUUCCAGAGGAUGGAAGGCAGUCCGGUUUGGCUUGCAGAUGAAGGAAUGCUGCCAGAGAUCACGGGUGAUGGUGGCUGGAACUAUCCAAACCAACUUGGUGUGCCCAAAAUGCAAAUCACCACAUUUUAAGGGCUUUAAGAUUGGCAUCUCUGCUGUUUCAGUGCAUUUCAUUUGGCAAUACGAAGAGAAAAUGAGACUGUUUACAGAGGUGGCCAUGAGAUUAUAUACACGCAUAGGGCGCAUGGAGUCUCGUCCAGGGUUAUUUAGCAGUAUAUAUCAUUCAAUUAAGGAGCUUAGCAAUGAAUCGGACUGCAGUCAUAUAAACUUCCAUAAUCUGGUUGCUCCAUUGAAGCUUCUGAAACCUCUUCUAAAUCAUGUUCAAGAACCAAAAAUAGCUAUUACAGAAGCUGUUAUACAAAGUUUUGAAGCGCUGGAUACAGUCUUGAUCAAAGCCAAGGAACUUGUAAUGAGAUAUGGUCCAACAUGCAGCAGAAUUUAUAUGGCAAUACAUGGCCCACAUUUUAUUGAAAGGUUUGAGGAAAUAUCAUUAGAUAUCAGUCGAAUCUUGAGUGCAUUGCCUCUAGCUUCAUUGCCUAUUUCAGAUCAGUCACGCAAACAGGUUGAACGGUGCAUCAAGGACUUACAAAGAGUUAGAUACACGUUUGAGUCUUAUGAUGAGAGAACAAAGGAGGAUAUUGAAAAUGCUUUACGAGAUAUCAGAGAGGGACAUACAGUUUGCAAUUCCAAAAUAAAAAUCAUUGCAGACAAACUAGAGUUGAUGACAAACCAAGAGAUACUGAGUGAACAAUGUGCUCUAGAAAUGGAAAAGGGCUUUGUCCUCGCUGAAAAAAAUGAGCAAGAAGAGGAAUUUAUUAAUCAAGUUAUUGAUUUAGUCACACAAAUGCGUGAAUAUAUGUUAGAGCUUAAGCAAACACAAUCACAAUAUGGACCUCCAAUCCCUGCUGAUUUUCGGUGCCCUCUAUCACUAGAACUGAUGGCAGACCCAGUAAUCAUAGCCUCAGGACAAACAUAUGAGAGAGCAUAUAUCCAACGGUGGUUGGACCAAGGUAUGAAAACAUGUCCUAAAACCCGACAGGCUCUCAAUCACAAUUGCCUUAUUCCCAAUUUCACUGUGAAGGCACUCAUUGAAAAUUGGUGCAAGUCUCACAAUGUUCCGCUUCCUGAGCCUGACAAAAUCAUAUUCCAUACUCCACUGCUAAGGGAACCAUCUCAGUUUGUUCCAGAAAAACAGGAUUCAGAUGAUGGCAUAUCUAUGAAACUGAGUGCAGAUGAGCACGAGGAUGAUUCAGAAAAGGAAAGUGGGAGAUUUUCCACGGAGAUAGCACAAGAAGAAAGUACCCUGGUCCCAGAAGGUGUUCCAUUUACUGAUGGUGAGAAAGAAGUGGCAGCAGGGGAUAAAGUUAACAUCGAGAACACUCAAGAGCCAUCACAAGAUCUAUCUGUUACAAGUUUGUCUUCGUCUUUAGAUGGCAUGCAACAAGCUCUAUCUGCUACAAGUUUUACAUCGUCUUUAGAUGACAUGCAACAAGCUCUAUCGGUUACAAGUUUUACUUCGUCUUUAGAUGGCAUGCAACAAGCUCUAUCGGUUACAAGUUUUACUUCGUCUUUAGAUGGCAUGCAACAUGUGACAGCAGAAGGUGUUGAUAUUCUUGGGACAAGUAGCAUGCCAUCUUGUAGUAAUUCUUCUAGAGAGUUAACAUCAAAUAUAGCAACUGUUAAUUAUCGAUAUAGCAUUACAGAAAUAGAAGAAAUAGGAUCACCUGGCAAAGAUUACAUUUCUUCUCAGAGUUCUCAGCUUAAUAACCCAAACUUAGUGGCUGGUGGUACAUCUUCUUCAGUGUCAGAUAUAGGAGACAACGAAUUAGCCUUUCAACUUCAACUCAAGAAGCUUGUAGAAAACCUGCAAGCUAACUCAAUUGAAGUGCAAAGAGAAGCUGUAGCAGAGUUGCGGCUUAUUUCAAAAAAUGAGCCAGGAAGCAGGACCACAAUUACAAAUUAUGGAGCUAUAAGACCUUUGGUUGAAGUGUUACAUUCUCGUGAUCUGACAAUCCAAGAAAAUGCUGUUACAACUUUGCUGAACUUAUCCCUAAUUGAGAAUAAUCAAACGGUGAUUCCUGCUGCAGGGGCUAUUAAUUCACUUCUAUAUGUGCUUAAGACAGGAAGCCCUCAGGCUAGAGAGAAUGCUGCUGCAACUUUGUACAGUAUCUCAGCUGUGGAAGAAAAUAGGAAAAAGAUUGCACAAUCAGGUGGAAUACCACCUUUGAUUGAUCUUCUUGUGAAUGGUUCUACUAGGGGGAAAAAAGAUGCUGCCACUGCUCUUUUUAAACUUUCAACUUGUCAUGAGAACAAAGUGCAGAUUGUACGGGCUGGUGCUGUAAAACCUCUUGUUGAGGCAAUGGACCCUGCAGCUGGAUUGGUAGAUAAGGCUGUUGCUGCAUUGUCCAACCUUGCAACUAUCCGUGAAGGUCGAGUUGCAAUUAGUACUGAAGGAGGCAUUUCUCGUUUGGUGGAGGUAGUAGAGCUAGGCUCUCAAAGAGCAAAAGAAAACGCAGCAGCAGCUCUAUGGCAAUUUUGUUCUAAUAGCAACAAAUUCUGCGCAAUAGUUCUCCAGGAAGGAGCCAUUCCACCUUUGGUUGCACUGUCUAAAUCUGGUACUCCACGGGCGAAAGAGAAGGCUGAGCUUCUUCUUCGCCAUUUCAGGGAGCAGCGACAUGCAGAUCCAGCAAGGGGUGGUGCUGACAGGAAGGCACAUUGAUCAGCAUGUUGCUUAUUCAUAAUCAGUUGUACUCAAGUCAUUCUUUAAUCACUGCUUCAAGCUGACUCAUCCUUUUGUACCUUGUAGAGGCACUAUUAGUCACCAGAAAUCUUGGGUUCAAGGAUGAUGUGCAGAUCUCCUAUAUUCGUAUAGCCCCUUUUUAGAAUGCUGUCCUGGCAUUCAUAUCCCACGUCUCCAGUGGACAGGCUCAAAGUCCAUUGUAGUAAUUCUUUUCUUCAGAAAGGGCAGAGGCGUACACACCGAACAUGGGAGAUGCAUAAAUCAAUAUGAGAAAAAGAUGUUCAAAUCAAUAAAAAGAACAGGGAGACGCUUCCGAUUCUUUAUAUUUCAACAAAUUGUGGAGUCAGCUUUAAGGAUCUUAAUGCUGUAUAUUUCUGCAAAUGACAUGUAAGUUGCAGUCGUACACAAAUAUAUAGAUUUACCUCCCAGUUUCCGUGAAAGUGGAUAGGUUCAAAGCCCAUUGUAGUAAUUCUUUUCUUCAGAAAGGACAGAAGCGUGCACACCUAGCAUGGGUGAUGCAUAAAUCAAUAUGAGAAAAAGGGAUAUCCAAAUCAAUAAAAAGAACAGGGAGAUGCUUCUGAUUGUUGAUAUUUCAACAUAUCGUGGAGUCUGCUCUAAGGAUAUAAUGCUGUAUAUAUCUGCAAAUGCCGUGUAUUGCGGGGGUUUCGAGCUGGCAACACCCAUCAGAAUAACCAUUAUUCCGUAAGGCACUAUUGCUAGUUAUAAUACACCACCAUCUCUUGAACUACUUUUUCGAGCUGUGUUAAUUGGUAGUUUUCCACCUAACACCUUUUUAAAUUCAUUUCCAGUUACAGUAAACAUGUAGAGAUAUUUGUCUGCGUCAUACUUCCAAACCUCAUUUUGAAAGUUAUGGAUGCCAUUUCAUGGUCAACACUUUCCAUCUGUGUUGAAUUUUCAUCCUUCAAUUUUGUUGUGGUAGCCACCUUGGUUGAAUACUGGAACUCUUUCCAGUUUUCAUGAAAAAGAUUACCCAUUAUUUCUGUUUGUAAAGCUUGUCACUCUGUAUUCAGCCAAUUUUUUAUUUUUUAUUAUUUUUAAUGUUCUGAUUACUCUUAUAGUAAAUACAGUUCAAUUCAUCUAUACUCAGAUUUCAAUGCCCGAGUUCAUAUGCUCUUUCUCAGGGAUUUACUAGCCUUAGCACUUUGAUUUGAGAGAGAAAUCAGUGCUUGUGUAAUCAUGCUGGAGUCGUGCAUGAAUUUCUGCAAACAUUCAAUUUGUUCGGGACGAUUACAGGACUGUUUUCCAAAUACAAUAUGUGUUUCCACUAGCACAAAGUAGUUUUUGUGCUUUGAUGAAGAUAACUAGCAGAUGGCAGCAACACUUUUAUAAUUGAGUAACCUAUAUCUUGAAUUGCAUGUGCAUAUGAGAGAAAUCAGGAUGAAGAACCUCUGGAUUUGUGGAAAAGAUGUUGAUCAAAGCAUUCCAAUCAAAACAUAGAAGUGGUUAUUGUGCAAAACUCCAAUACUCCUUAGAAAACAUAUAAAUUGGUGGAGGGAACAGAAAAGAAAGGGAAGAAUCCUUAGAACGAUGCAAGAGAAUCAUUAUAAUUUUUGUGGAAGGAGGAACUCACCUAAGAGUCAGGAAAGCAGAGUUCUUCAGACUCAUUGGAUGUGCACUUGACAAGUGAAUUCGAUGAAUAAUGUAUAGAGGAGAAAGGUAAACUGUAAAAGUAAUAUGUAUUUUUCUCAAUGAUAAAGAGUAUCAAAGAUGUAGCAAAAAAAAUUACCCUCACAAUUUUGGCGGAGUUGUGAGAAAAUGGUAAGGAUGGUCAGUUCUUUUACAUAGUUAUGUUUCAGCAUGUACAGUAUGAUGGGCAAUUUAACCUAUUUCUGAGUUACAUUGGCUAGCAUAGUGAGGUUUUUAAACCCAGCUAUGAGAAACCAUGGCAUGCAAGUUCCCUACUUGUGUUUGGCCUGGAGAAAUCACCUUGAUUAGCUAUAAACAGUACUUGUACAAUACCUUGAGAUUAUAAGUACCAUACAUUCAUUUAA